UCUCCUGGAGAAAGGCAAAGACAGCUGGCAGUCUGAAGUCAAGGAGAAUCAUGGGGUCCAGGGCUGAGCCGUGCACUGUCUUAGGCGGACUCUGGUUCCUCCUGCUACUGAUGACAGGCGAGCGGGCCAAGGGUGGAGCCCUCAAAGAGAGUCAGGGGGUCUGCUCCAAGCAGACCCUGGUGGUCCCACUCCGUUACAAUGAGUCCUACAGCCAACCUGUAUAUAAGCCCUAUCUGACCCUGUGCUCUGGAAGGCGUGUCUGCAGCACCUACAGGACCACGUACCGCGUGGCCUGGAGGGAAGUGCGGAAGGAGGUGCGGCAGACCCACGCCGUGUGCUGCCAGGGCUGGAAGAAGCGGCAUCCUGGGGCACUCACCUGUGAUGAAGCCAUCUGCACCAAGCCCUGCCAGAACGGAGGCGUCUGCGUUCGGCCGGACCAGUGCGAGUGCGCCCCGGGCUGGGGUGGGAAGCACUGUCACGUGGAUGUGGAUGAAUGCAGAACCGGCGUCACUCUCUGCUCGCAUCGCUGCCUCAAUACGGCGGGCAGUUUCACCUGUGGCUGUCCGCACGGCCUGGUUCUGGGCCUGGAUGGGCGCACUUGCGCGGAGGGGGCCCCAGAGCCCCCGACCAGUGCCAGCGUCCUCAACGUGGCCGUUCGUGAGGCUGGACCUGAUGAGCGUGCCCUGAGGCGGGAGAUUCGCGAGCUGCGAGGGCGCCUGGAGAGGCUGGAGCAGUGGGCCGGUCAGGCUGGGGCCUGGGUCCGAGCAGUGCUGCCGGUGCCCCCGGAAGAGCUGCAGCCCGAGCAGGUGGCGGAGCUGUGGGGCCGGGGCGAUAGGAUCGAGUCUCUCAGUGACCAGGUGCUGCUGCUGGAGGAGAGACUGGGCACCUGCUUCUGUGAGGACAACAGCCUGGGCCCAGGCCUCAAAGGGCGAAGAUAAGGAGCCUCUGCAGAGCCCCUGCCCUCUAAUUUAUACAGAAACUGGACUCACUAACCCUCUGGGAUUGGCUGGCUAGGGAGCUGCAGAUAAGGCUCUUUGCCGCUGAGGAGCCAUGGACAACGGAAACCAGGCGAAGCUAAAGAAUGGAGGAAGGCCGUUGCUGCCCUUGAAUCCUCGGGCUAGGGCUGAUGCCUGGGCAAGAACUGCUUUCUUAACUCCUUAACAAAAACAGCCAG